AUCGACUGUGUAUGCGUGAGUACAAACAGAGGAAGGCACGCACGCACUCACCAAGAGAGAGAGACACAUCACCGUCCAACGGCGUUCAGUUUCCGUCAUGCCGGAACGAUCGUCAACCCCGUCUCGGUCCACCCGAGUCCCCACGGAUGCCACCCAGCCGAACGCCGUUGAUUCGACGGAACCUCGCGAGAAUGACGUGCGCUCCGUGGCUCGUGUCACGGGUGACGACGAAUGGAACGUCACGACUGCCUUGGAUACGUUGGCGGAACCUUCUCGACGAGCCUUGCACAAGUUCUUUUACCCAGUCCGAAGGAAUCGACCGUCGUCCGCCGCCACGACACCGCGGGAUGGACUCGUGCGUGACGAACAACAACAACAACAACCACACGACGAGUUCGCGGCACGACGCCACACGACUCGGCAACGGAUGACUACCACCGAUCGAUUGGAGCAACACGAGCCUUCCGUGUUGCCAGCACCAACGAAUAGACAACCCUCGUCGGUAUCGAGUGUCAACGCUACGGCUGCGGCUUCAGCUCAUCCGGAAGGAGUGAACGGUACCACCCAUCGUGCGAACUCUAACGCGGCCUCCAAUCCUCCCACUGAUUCCCAUAACUCUGGCGCUUCCGCAGCUUCCUCCGUGGCUUCGUCCGUACCCAACGUACAAGAGCAGUUCAAUCAGCACUUUUCGCAACAGGAAGAUGACGAUCGCUUGUUCGUACACCACUUUUGGAGAACCUAUGACGAUAUUAUUAUUCUCUCGCUCUUUACACAGAUCGGCAUGGUUUUUCGGCUGGCCAUGUCGACCUGGCUAGCUAUAUUCGACGGCGUCUUCUCCAACGAUUCGGCCCUCUUUGUCAAUCUCCCUCUAAAUUGUCUGGCCUGCUUCUUCAUGGGUAUCCUCUGUAGCGGGGAACGUCUCAUGGAAAUCAUCGUCACACGGUUCUCGCCACCCCGACUCCAGCAAGCCUUGCAAGCCGCCCAUCGGCACCGUGUGGAUAGCGACGACGAAGCGGACGACCACGAGCACGAUUUGGAAGCUGAGGAUGCGGUCAACUCCUCAACCUACGAGAACGGGUCCGUCGAUGCGGACGGCUCCAUUGUGGCUUCGCCUGACGGGGCGAGCCGGGGAUCCGCCACGCUACGACGACGCAAACGCCGUCGGCGACGCAAAAGGCAAAAAGGAGUGUACUUUCAUUCCUGGGAACCGCCUUCUACGCUCAAUAACGAUUUGCGGGACGUUCAGCUACUCGCGUUGGAACGCCGGAUUCGGCAAUCCAAAUGCCUGGUACUCUUUCCCGUCAAGCAGGAAGAUGUAGACGUGAUGGAGCACUACUUUGAUGACGGGUAUAAACGAAAGCCUCACAGUUACGACGACGAUGAAGAAGACUGUGGGGAAAAUGGUGGGCGCGACUUGAAUUUCGAUUUGGCCUUGGAGGUUGAGAGGAACGAUCCACCGGGUAACGAAUCGCGUCGUUCGGACCCGUUGAGCCCGACGCUUUCCGUCAAUAUGAACCCCGCCGCACUUCCCGUUUCACCCCUGUCAACGAAACACGAAUCCCCCCGUGCUUUACCAAGAAAUUUACCGGCUGGCUCAUUUCGAACGCUGGACUCUGUAAGGAGGGUGGAUUUGCACUCUGGUCCCCUAGCGACACCUCCCAGUCGAAAGUCACGACCGGCCGCAGCCGAGACAGAGGAAGACAUGGCGGAGGUGGACCUGGAGGCCGUUCCCGCGAGGACACGAGCCGAAAGUUCUGUGGCAAAUGACAAUGACGAUGAUGACACCACGGUGCGGCACAGUGACGAGCCACAAGAGCAGCAGCAGACGGAUUUAAAUCGAAUUGUUCACGACGUAUCGGCCAACGUGACGGAAAAUAUAUCCCGUUUACAGCGUGUCAAUCUAGCCGAUGGUUGGGAUGUUGGUACCAGUCCUGAAGAUAUGAGUGAUGAUCUGAUGCUCGGUUUGCGGGGAGGCUUUUGCGGAGCUCUUUCCUCAUUUUCGUCCUGGAACUCGGCAAUGGUGAGCCUAUUAAAGAACGGAAACGUGGGUACAGCCUUUGUUGGAUACAUGCUGGGCAUUCAGCUGCCAAUAGUGGCGUAUCGGUUUGGCCAACACGUGGCGGUUUAUAUUUUCAUUUGGCGAGCAAGGCAUGAGAAACGGAAAGACGAACGUCGUGGUUACGGCAUCCGUGUCUCGUUGAACGAGUAUUCUGAACGAGGAAAUACCGACGACGAAAGCUUGCAAACCAACCCUAACGACUCUAGUCGGGAAACUCCUUCGAUUCGAGCAGUCGUGACGGCCAUCUUUAUCAUGGGAUUGGUAACGCAGUGCACGUCCAUGUCCUUUUUCAACGAUCCCGAUAACCAACAGAUUGCGCUGAGUCUCCUUUUCUCCCCCCUCGGAGUUUUGGGGCGCUGGCGAUUGUCGAAAUACAAUACCUGGAGUUCGAACUUCCCUAUCGGAACCUUCACUGCCAACAUAUUAGCUUGCGCCCUCAGUGGCGGUCUCGGAAAUCUUCUGGCCGGUGAACCCGGCCCAGCCGAACGCAUCAUAUUGGUCAGUUUCAUCAACGGUUUCGCCGGUUCGCUUAGUUCUUUGGCGAGCUUCAUUGUCGAGAUUUUGGCGGGUGUGGAUCCAGUACUCUUUCGAUUUGACGGAAUGAUCUACGCGGUACUCUCCAUCUUUUGGGCUUUGGUUGUCGGCUUCAUCUUCUCGGCUUCGGUGGAUUGGGCGGAUGUGACGGAAUCUAGCGACACUUAAACAGAUUUGAUUUCCCCAUCAUUGGGCAUGGAUG